UAUAAAAGCAUGUGUCACUAUCUAAGAGAGAGGGAGUAAAAAAAGUUGUUGAUAAGGCAUGCGUCCACAGAGCAGUGAAGGGUCAUGAAGUUUAAAGUCCUGUUGUGUUUCUGUGUCCUGAGCCAAAUAAAGCAGGUAUUUCCCACAGAGAUAUCUGUGCAUCUGAGCUCCUCUGCUGUCCUGCCCUGUUCGUUUCAGCUUCCAGACAACGAUGAACUUCUCAACGUCACUUGGUCCUUCAACGGAUCCGUCAUUGCAUCCAAUAAUCAAACAGAAAGUGGACAUCACUUGACUCUGUCAGCCAGUGGACUCAGUGGAUUUUUCCCCCUGAUAGUGUAUAAUGCUACUCUACACAAUCAGGGGGUGUAUGAGUGCCAUGUAAAGAGCAAUCUGACCAAUUAUUUCAACAAUGUCACACUGAUCAUUUUGGCUCCACCGUCCAUAUCCGUGCCUUCUCCAGAGGUGGUGUUGGGGCGAGAGAGUGCAGUAGAUUGUUGGGCGAAAGGCUUCAGUCCUCCUAAUAUCACAUUCUCUUGGACACGAGCAGGCAAAGAGAUCAGAGCUCCUCAAAAAGCCAAAACAAACCACACAGAGGAUGGUCUAUAUGAAGGUCUCAGCCAGCUGGUGUUCAUUCCUGAACUUGCUGAUCGAAACACUACAUAUGCCUGUGUGGUGAACCAUGAAACUCUGGAGAAACCACUUGUGAGAGAGUUCAGAAUAAACAUCACCAUCCUUCCCAAAGUCACUGUGUCUGUUGUGCCAUCCUCUUCGCGCUCAUCCCCCCUCACUUUAGCAUGCGAAAUCAACGGAUUCUACCCACAGAAUGUGUCUGUGCUGUGGAUCAGGAAUGGCACUGUCCUGCCUGAGACUCCUCAGAUCCAACAGAACAAUGAUGGAACAUAUAGAAUGCGUCGUUUUCACACUCUCAGCAUCGAGGAGAGAGAGAGAGCUGGACAAGUGCAGUGUGUGGCUCAACAACCUCACAUAUCUCAACCAGCUUUGAGCUCCAUUGACCCAUCAGCUGCUGAUUCGUUGGUGCAGAAGCUUGUUCUGACUAAAUCUGCAAAAGCCUCAGUGGCAAUGAUGAUCAUCUCCCUGGUACUCGUCCUUCUGCUUUGUUUUGGCUUCUCCUGGAAGAGAAGAGAUGAGAAGCAGAAAAGUUUAAGUGUGUCAUGCAUCAUUCUGCCCCCGAGGGUUGUGGUGGGACAGAAAGGCCGGGUCACCAUCAGCAUAGAAGGAAGAAGAGCAGAUCAAGUCCAAACUGCCUGGUUUCUCAACGAUGUCCCCAUAGUAGAUACAUCUUACAGAGAAAGCAAUGGCUCAAGAAGUCACACUCCAAGGGCAUCCCGUAUAUCAGUAUUGUCAGAAAAAGCCCCUCUGCUGGCCUCUACUGCUCGAGGUUAUUACAAACUGCAUAUGCGGAAGCCCGUGCACUCGACCGGCCCCACCAAACAGCUCCUUUCCUCCUUCACCUUCAUCCCCAACUUGUCUGUUCACAAGGGGGCAGUCUUCAAAUGCCAGAUUUCCUAUAAAGGGAAGGACAAGAUAGUGAUGGAGAGAGUGUCAGAGAAGUUUACUGUUCUGUCACCACCUGAGGUCUCAGAAAUCCAUCUCUCAGAGCCAAAUGAAGAGACAGGUAUUGUCAUAAUGACUGUCGAGGCCUCCCACUUCCACCCAGACGUCAUCACCUUCCGCUGGUUCUGUGAGGGGGGAGAGCUGAGCCCCGUGGCUGUCCCCUCAGCCCUGGCAGCACCACGUCCCAAUGCCCAAGGCUUCUUCUCAGCCCGGAGCCAGUGCAGGUUACCCAAGACCGAGCUGGAGACAGGAGGAACUGCAGUGUGGGUCACCAUCCAUCACAUGUCUCUCAAACAGCCUAUCACACGAAAGACCAGAGGGUUCAUAAAGAAGCCCACUGUAUCAGAAAUCAGCUGCGCACCCUACCCAUCAAGCCCACAACAGGGACUGUUAACAUUGGCCUGUAGAAUCACAAGCUUCUACCCUCCUGACAUUGCAGUGAAAUGGCUGAAGCGAUGCAACAAUGGGGAGAGGGAAGUUAAGAAAGAGGAAGGGCUGGUGGAAGUAUGGGGGCCCAUCCAGACACAGCUGAGGACAUUUAGGGCCAUGGCUGUGCUAACAGAAGUGGAGAACGGGCUGAAGGACUUAGAUAAGGAUGGAAAGAUUGUGUGCAGAGUUGAGCACUGCUCCCUCCUCGAGCCAAUAGAGCGAGUCUGGACAAACUCUCACUUUGUGGCUCCCUCCAUCCCUGCAUCCUUGUCUGUUAACUGGAAUAAUGAUGGUGUAGGGGUGUUUUCCUUGUGCCUGUCUGGUGGCAUUCCACAUCCCAAACUGCAGUGGGCUGCAGGGGGUUCCACUCUCACACCACUCAUCUCCAGAGAGACAGAGGAAGUGACAGACAAAGCAGGAAGAGAGCUACACAGUGUCUGUGCUUUGGUGAAGUCCAAGGUACCACAAGGAAGCGAAGCCAACGUUCGCAAUCUCCGAAGUGGACAUCCAUGCAAUUCUCAGUUUCCAGUAUUGCAAAGUGAAGCAAAAGAUGAGAUGACAGACAGUGAAAGAGGACAAGAGAAGCAAACAGAAAGAGCUGCAGUGACACCAGACAUCACAGAGGAGACGACAAGAGAAGCUGGACAGACUGAACUUGAGUCUUUGUACAUAAACGCAGUAUAUGUGGGGAAAGAAGGAGGACGGGCAGAGAGAGAGUGUCUGAGAGUCACAGUGGAGAUUACCCAUCCUGCACUUCACCUGCCUGUUUACUGCACCUGGACAGAGCCUGAAGAGGAAGUACACUCCUAAUAAUGAAGAAAAAAUUAUCCAACAUUUUUUUUUUGCCUUUUUAUUUUCUCCUUACAUUUACAACUUACAGCAUGUAUUAUUUUCAUUUAUAUGUUAAUUCUAUAAUACUAUGAAUUUCAGUUUUAGGACUAAUAACUUAUUUUUACAAAAGUGUUAAAUUAUGAAGAAAGUUCUGUGCUGUACACUUUAGAUGCUUGAAUUUACCACGUGCCAAAAUGGCAUGACAAGUUGCAGAUGUUUAUCUGUUGUAAUAAUACUGUUUAUUGGUGGUUUGUCCUAAUGUGUAACACUACUGUAUAAAGGCGGUGUGUGUGAGAGGAGGUGGAGCGAGGGGUUGUGUAUAGCAUGUUAGUUAUAAUAAAGUUUUUAUUUUGCAAAAGAGAAGAA